AUGGAUUGUAACUGCGUCUCCGACCUGCUCCUCACCUCUCCUGUGCCGGCUCUCUGGACACCAGGUUUUGCUUUUCCUGACUGGGCCUAUAAACCUGAGUCGAGUCCUGGUUCCCGUCAGAUCCAACUCUGGCAUUUUAUCCUGGAGCUCCUGCAAAAGGAAGAAUACCAGAACGUCAUCGCUUGGCAAGGAGAUUAUGGCGAAUUCGUCAUCAAGGACCCAGAUGAAGUGGCCCGCCUAUGGGGUAUUCGUAAAUGCAAGCCCCAUAUGAACUACGACAAGCUGAGCCGAGCUCUGAGGUAUUACUACAACAAGCGGAUUCUCCACAAGACCAAAGGGAAACGCUUCACCUACAAGUUUAACUUCAGCAAAGUGGUCUUGGUUAAUUACCCGCUCCUGGACAUGGCUGCCAACUCCCCAUUUCUUCUCACUCAGAACCCUUUCAACGGGAGCAACCACGGAGCCGACUGCACCCCAUUAACCACUGAGACCUUGCAAAGCCUCUUCUCCAGCCCUCGCUUGGGGGAUCCCGCCAGCCGCACCCCACUCUUUGAACGUCAGCCAGAACCAGAGAAACUGAGGCUGGAUGCAGCCUUCCCCUUCUUGGGAUCAGGUGUCCUUAGGCGUAAUUUAAGAAAGGUAGCUGUUCCUUUGGUCCCAGCUGAAACUUAA